AGGAAGUUCUGCCCCCAGAUGAUGUGAAGCACAUAAAAAGCAUCAGCAGGUGACGGCUGCAUCUGUGGAUCUGCUCUCCAGCUCACAGAUCUGUAGUUUCAUCUGAAGUUUAAAAAUGUACGGAAACAACCAAGGGAACCAGUACCCACCUGGUUACCCUAACCAUCCUCAGCAGAUGCCAGGGGGAUACCCUCCAGGCACCGUCCGACCACCACACUACCCUAACCAGCCCCACGGUCAACCCGGAGGCUACCCCGGACAUGGACCAGGACCUGGUUACGGUCCAGGACCUGGUUUCGGUCCAGGACCUGGUUUCGGUCCAGGACCUGGUUUUGGCCCAGGGCCUGGACAAUGCCAUGGACAGGGUCAUGGUCAGGGUCAUGGACAGGGCCAUGGACAUGGACAUGGACAUGGACACGGACACAAGAAGCACAAGCACAAGAAUGGUCACAAGCAUGGCAAAUGCCACAAAAAAGGGAAGGACUGUCACGGGUCCUCCAGCAGCUCCUGCAGCAGCGACUCUGACUAGAUGAAGACUCCUCGAGACAACUUGGUAACAGGAAAGCUUCAUCCUCCAACCGUAUUGUUGUUAUUAUAAUCAGUAUGUCACUGCCAAACUUCAACAUAUAAUCUUAAAAAGUGUAUUUGUAUCAACAAUGCUUGAUGUUUGAUUCGGAUCAGCCACUUUUCUUAACAUUUCAAAACUUUGGUGUACAGUAGGAGACAUUAUUGUAUCCAUCAUUGUGCUUGUGAGCAAAAAUUAAAGUGCUUUGGUAAA